AUGAUCGACAUUGAAACCGGACGAGUAUUCAGUUUCGAAGAGUUCAAUAAGGAAUGUAAUCGAUAUGCAAAUUACUUCCAGGGACAAGGAUUUCGUGCUGGAGAUGUGGUGGCACUUUUUAUGGAGAAUUCGGUGGAUUUUGUUGCGGCAUGGAUGGGACUGGCGAAGAUUGGUGUGGCAACAGCAUGGAUAAAUUGUAAUCUAAAACGUGAACCUUUGGCACAUUGUAUUCAAACGACAUUGGAUGAGACGAUCAGUGCUGAAUUGUUCUCAUGCCAGAAUGUAAAUCUCUACGUGAUCGGUGAUGCGCGAAUGAAUCCACGGUUCAUACAGCUGUCUGAAAAGUUACAAUCUCAACGCACAUUCGAGCCAAAACAGCGUGAUGUUAUCGACUUUAAAAGUAUAUUAUGCUAUAUUUAUACAAGUGGUACAACAGGUUUGCCUAAAGCUGCCGUCAUGAAGCACUUCAGGUAUUAUUCGAUGGUAAUUGGUGCCGCAAAAUCGUUUGGAAUUUAUUCAUCAGAUAGAAUCUACGUUUCUAUGCCAAUCUAUCACACCGCUGCUGGUAUUCUUGGUGUUGGUCAAGCGCUAUGUCGAGGUUCGUGUUGUGUCAUUCGGAAAAAAUUUUCGGCAAGUAAUUUCUGGAGAGAUUGUGUACAAUACCAAUGCACUGUGAGUCCAUAA